AUGGAAGUACACAGCAAAAUGAAGGGAUGGAAUGAUUUGCCAUUUGAAAUGAAGUGCGAAGUGUUCAAAUAUAUGGAGCAAAAGGAUAGGUAAAUAGAAAAUAGCUGGAAAUAUUAUAAAAUGAUUAUUUUUAGAUUCAAAUUCGCCAAAUGCUCUUGGAAAUGUUUGAACGAAGUUCUUCAUGAGGAGAAGGAUAUUUUUGCCGUCAAACUCGAAGGAAUUAACAAAAAACUUUUCAUUUUGACAAUCAAUAGUAUGAGUCUGAAGUUCAAGCAAAUUGGAAAGUUUUGCGAAAUCGAAAAUGACGGCGAAAUUAUUUGGAAAGGUGUUGGCAAUGGAAAAACUAUGGCUUAUAAAUUUUGCGAAAGCAUUUUGGCUAAAAAUAAAAAUAAUCUGUACAGUUUGAAUUUGUCAAAAGUGAGUGGAAUUUCAAGGUUGUUCCAGCUAUAUUUUUCCCUUUUCAGGUCGAUUUUAUGAUCCGCGACAAAUCAAUCGCUAAUUUUCCGAAACUCGAAGUCUUCAAAAUUACUACCAAUAACGAAAAACAAUUAUAUUCAUUUCUUUCGAAAAUCGAGAAUGUGUAUGAUUUGACUGUGAACUUCAGAGAUUUCGGAAACACGGAAAACUCGGAUAAAAUAAGAUUUCCGGAGAAUUCUAAAUUACCAAACAUUGUUCAUUUCAAUUUGAUUUCGAACAAUGCAGAUGUUGCAUUGAAGAUUAUUGAUAAAAUGAAGAAGCCAGAAUACAAGUAUUUCAAGAAAGUCAACGUUUCGAUAAUUGAUGGAAAACUUGCCGAUGUAGAUGAGAAAUUCAUAAGCUUCUUCAAAAAGUGUGAUUAUUUGACUACGAAUUUGAUUCUGACAGAUGAUCAAUUUGAACAAUUAACGUUGAUGAGAAAUUGUUUGAAACUGAAUGCCGAAAAAAUCAAUGCUUCGACAAUCGCAACAUUUAUUGAUGAUUGCAUUCAAAAUGGAAUUAGCAAAGAACUGCACUUGACGAAUGUUCAUGGACUUGAGAAACUAUCACCGGAUUUCAUGUGGUUACAUCCGAAAAUGAAGAAAGUCAGAACAUCGAGAAAUGAAUGGAUUGAUGAAAUUGUGCCAAAUGAAUAGUAUGUUUUAGCUGUUUUGAUAUUGUUUAUUAAUAUUCGAAAAUGAUGAAAAAUCGGAAAUUUUCUCUUCAAAAACACAACAAAUUAGUUUUUCGGAUAGAAAUUUUCGGUUUUCUUCUCCAUUUUUUGAGCGCCACAUGAGUGAUUUUAAUUUUUCAGCGUCAUCAAACCUAGUUUUUUGGAAAGUUUUACUCCUGGCUCAUAUAAUAGUUCGACUGGUCGCUUGAAUUUCUUUCAAUACUACGGUCAUUGA